AUGCGGGCCCCGGGCCCCCCGGUGCGGGCGGACCCCCGCCCCCGCCCCCGCCCCGGCGCGGCGCUGCUCCCGCUCCUGCUCAGCCUGCAAGGUCUGACCACGUCGCUGGAGGUGUCGGAGAGCCCCGGCAGCGUGCAGGUGGCCCGAGGUCAGACGGCCACCCUGCCCUGCUCCUUCUCCACCAGCGCGGCCCUCCUCAACCUCAACGUCAUCUGGUUGGUCAUCCCCCUGGCCGACGCCAACCAGCCCGAGCAGGUGAUCCUGUACCAGGGCGGGAAGACCUUCGACGGCGCCCCCCAGUUCAACGGGAGGGUGGGGUUCGCGGGCACCAUGCCCACCACCAACGCCUCCAUCUUCAUCAACGACACCCGCCUGUCGGACACGGGGACCUACCAGUGCCUCGUCAACAACCUGCCGGACCGCGGGGGCAGGAACAUCGGCGUCACCGGCCUCACCGUCCUAGUGCCCCCCUCGGCCCCUCUGUGCCGAGUCCAGGGGUCCCAGGACGUGGGCAGCGACAUCGUCCUGGCCUGCAGCUCGGAAGAGGGGGUCCCCCGGCCUACCUACCUCUGGGAGAAGCUGGACCGCGGGCCCGGCCCGCCCGCCAUCGCCACGCAAGACCCAGCCCGGGGCACGGUGGCCCUGAGGAACAUCAGCGUGGGGAACUCCGGCCUUUACCAGUGCGUGGCCUCCAACGCCAUUGGCACCAGUAGCUGCCUCUUGGACCUGCAGGUCCUUCCCCCGGAGCCACGGAGCACCGGGCUGAUGGCCGCGGCCGUGGGCAGCGGGGCCGCCGUCCUCCUGCUCGGCCUGGCCCUCCUCGCCGCCGCCGGACUCUACUGGAGGAGCAAGCACCGGGAGGAACGGGACCACGACCGGGAGGAGGAAGGUCCCAACGAGAUCAGAGAGGACGACCUCCCGCCCAAGUGCUUCGCGCCUCCCAAGCCCCGCCGCCCCGAGGCCUCGUCGUCGGACAACACCACCCUGACGUCGGACGCCACCUUCGACAGCCGCCGCUGGAACGGGACGGGCGGCCGCCGCGGCCGCGGGCCCGCUUCCCCGGCCCUCCCCGUCAACGGGGCCCGCCCGGCGCCCAAGACGCUGCUGGUGACGGCCGGGCCCGGCCCGUCGCCGAGGCCCCCGGCCCGGAGCGGGGGCGGCCCGCGCUGCCACGCCGCGACCCGGGCCGUGCCCGUCGUGGUGCCCGCCCAGAGCCGGGCCGGCUCGCUGGUCUAGCCGGGCCCGGGCGGUGCGGACGCCUCCCGGGCCUCGGGACCACGCCAAGCCGAGGGGCAGGGGCGGGCCUGCCCUCCGUCGCCCGCCUUCCUCACGCCCGAGAAGGAGCCGGCCCACCGGGCGCCACCGGCUUGACGUGAGGGAGAGGUCAAAGGGCGAACCCCGGCUCCCGAGAGCCGACCCGGGGCCCGUCGGCGGCGAUGGCGGCGCCGCUCCCCGGGCCUCCUUCGCCCCGUGACCCAUUGAUGGACCGCUCAUCCCCAGUCGCCGCGCAAGGGGGUCUCGGCCCCCGGGUCAAGAGGGGCCAUUUUGUGGGCGUUUGAGAGGGCGAGGCACGGGUGCUUUUAGGGCACCGGAGGUUGUGGCGGACGCGGGCCUUCGGGCCCAGUUUGUCGGACGACCUACGACGUUUGGGGGGCACCUGAAACCGAGGGCAGGGCCUGUGGAGGUGGGAAAUCCACAGGUUAUUUGGCCAUGGAAGCCUUGGGGGGCACCUGAAACCGAGGGCAGGGCCUGUGGAGGUGGGAAAUCCAUAGGUUAUUUGGCCAUGGAAGAC